CCAGCAUCAAGAUCCGCCUGACAGUGCUAUGUGCCAAGAAUCUUGCAAAGAAAGACUUCUUCAAUAUCCCCAGUCGGCUAUGGCAUUGACAAUCUCGAGCGAAGAAAAAUGAAAGAAAACUUUGAUACCCAAGAACAAAAUUUGAGGUCAAUCUUGAGCAAUUCCAAUCUGCGGUAGAAACAGAAAUGUAGCAGAAAGAACAAAAUUCAUGUGAAAGCAGAUUAUUUAAGGAUUUCGCAGAAGAUGGAACGUGAAAAGGUGUCACAGAGGCAACAGAGAACGUAUAGAAAUCAUUCGUUGAAAGGACUCCCCGAUCCCUUUGCUAAAAUAGUGGUAGAUGGAUCUGGUCAGUGCCACUCAACUGACACUGUGAAAAAUACAUUGGACCCUAAGUGGAACCAACAUUAUGACCUGUAUGUUGGAAAAACCGAUUCUAUAACCAUCAGUGUAUGGAACCACAAGAAAAUCCACAAGAAACAGGGAGCUGGCUUCCUGGGGUGUGUUCGGCUCCUCUCCAAUGCCAUCAGCAGAUUAAAAGAUACUGGCUACCAACGUUUGGACCUAUGCAAACUAAACCCCACAGAUACAGAUGCAGUGCGUGGCCAAAUAGUGGUCAGUUUACAGACCCGGGACAGGAUAGGCACUGGAGGUUCAGUCGUAGACUGCAGAGGACUAUUAGAAAAUGAAGGAACGGUUUAUGAAGACUCGGGCCCCGGCAGGCCACUUAGCUGUUUUAUGGAGGAACCUGCGCCAUACACAGAUAGCACCGGUGCAGCCGGAGGAGGGAAUUGUAGGUUUGUGGAAUCCCCGAGUCAGGAUCAAAGACUGCAGGCUCAACGACUUCGAAAUCCUGAGAUCCGAGGUCAUGCCCAGACACCUCAAAAUAGACCACACGGCCACCAAUCACCUGACCUGCCCGAAGGCUAUGAACAAAGGACAACGGUACAGGGACAAGUUUACUUUUUGCACACACAGACUGGAGUUAGCACGUGGCAUGACCCCAGGAUACCAAGAGACCUUAACAGUGUGAAUUGUGAUGAACUCGGUCCUCUCCCACCAGGAUGGGAAGUCAGAAGUACCGUUUCUGGGAGGAUAUAUUUUGUAGAUCACAAUAACAGAACCACCCAAUUCACUGAUCCGAGGUUGCAUCACAUCAUGAAUCACCAAUGCCAACUAAAGGAACCCAGCCAGACUCUGCCAGUGCCGAAUGAAGGGUCAUUAGAAGACGAAGAGCUUCCUGCCCAGCGUUACGAGAGAGAUUUAGUGCAGAAACUAAAAGUCCUUAGACAUGAACUUUCUCUUCAACAACCCCAAGCAGGGCAUUGCCGCAUUGAAGUAUCUAGAGAAGAAAUAUUUGAGGAAUCUUACCGUCAGAUCAUGAAGAUGAGACCGAAAGACUUGAAGAAACGCCUAAUGGUAAAGUUCCGUGGAGAAGAAGGCUUGGAUUAUGGUGGAGUGGCGAGGGAAUGGCUUUAUUUGCUGUGCCAUGAAAUGUUGAAUCCGUAUUAUGGACUUUUCCAGUAUUCUACGGACAAUAUAUACACGCUGCAAAUCAAUCCAGACUCGUCAAUCAAUCCUGAUCAUUUGUCAUAUUUUCACUUUGUUGGUCGGAUAAUGGGUUUGGCUGUGUUCCAUGGACACUACAUCAACGGGGGUUUCACAGUUCCCUUCUACAAACAGCUGCUGGGGAAACCCAUUCAGCUGUCAGAUUUGGAAUCUGUUGACCCAGAACUACACAAGAGUUUAGUUUGGAUUUUAGAAAAUGACAUAACACCUGUGCUGGAUCAUACUUUCUGUGUAGAGCACAAUGCUUUUGGGCGGAUUCUUCAGCAUGAGCUCAAACCAAAUGGUAGAAAUGUUCCCGUGACGGAAGAGAACAAGAAAGAAUAUGUUCGGUUAUAUGUGAAUUGGAGGUUUAUGAGAGGAAUUGAAGCGCAGUUCUUGGCCCUUCAGAAAGGAUUUAAUGAGCUGAUCCCUCAACACUUACUAAAGCCUUUUGAUCAGAAGGAGCUGGAGCUUAUAAUAGGAGGCCUGGAUAAAAUAGACCUGAAUGACUGGAAGUCCAACACCCGCCUAAAGCACUGCACGGCCGACAGUAAUAUCGUAAAGUGGUUCUGGCAAGCGGUGGAGACCUUCGACGAAGAAAGAAGGGCCAGGCUGCUGCAGUUCGUGACUGGAUCUACCAGGGUUCCUCUCCAAGGCUUCAAGGCAUUGCAAGGUUCUACAGGCGCCGCAGGACCCAGGCUGUUUACUAUCCAUCUGAUAGAUGCGAACACGGACAACCUUCCGAAGGCCCACACCUGCUUUAACCGGAUCGACAUUCCGCCUUACGAGUCGUACGAGAAGCUCUAUGAGAAGCUGCUGACCGCUGUGGAAGAGACUUGUGGCUUUGCUGUGGAGUGAAGGCGCAACUGAAGGAAAUGGAAUCUCGCUCAUGGACCAGAUCAAAAGCUUAAAGCUUUCUGUGAGCCUCCUGCUAAGCUGUCUGAGGCGUCGGAACACUAGACAGCUUAGAGGAGAGGGGUUGUUUCCCCUCCUUUUUUGGGGGGACUUUUUUGGUGGCUCCCACCCCUGUUUUCCUCCUUUAUUACGAUAGACCCUUUCACCUCCUUUCCAUCACCCAUCCAGAUACAACGCAGCCAAGUUCAGCAUUUGGCUUUGGUUACACAGGAUAUUCUGCUAGACUUGUAACACAUAUUGUGAUAGGGUCAAUGACCUGUGGUCUUUUAUAGGAGUAUCGACCUACAGUUAAGAAACUGAGCUUGGUUUCCUGAGGACUUGCGACUGGCAGGUACACCUGGCUGUUCUGCCUCGAAGCAAAGCUGAGCCCCUUGUCAAGUUUAGCGGCCGGGGGAUAUCAGGCCGGAGCUGCAGUUCCAAAUUGCACACCUUAGCGACCUGUCAGAUAACCGAUGAAUUUCUAACAGAAAACAAAACUCUCUAGCGUACGCACAUUGAGUCGAUGGCGAUUCCGCCGUAGCAGGAAGCUCUGGAUUUGAAACAAACAAGUGGUUCACCUUUGGAAAGAUGAAGGAAUCCAGGACAGCUCUAACUGUAGGUGUGAGGGAUUUCUUUGGGGUGCCCUGACUGAAACUUUGUUUUGCACACGGGAACGGUUUUAUUUCUCCCGCGGAAUCCCUUGUCCCCACCACCCGCCCCGCUGGAAAUACUUUCCGAUAAAAGCGCCACCCAGCGGUGCCCGUCAGAGAAAUGAAAUGGACAGAACUCAGUGUCGAAUCCAAACGACCAGUCCCAAAGCUGUGAUUUUUCUGUGCCACUGUUUUACCUGAUAUCAGAGCGACCCUCCUGAGGCUUGAAACUGUAACAGAUUUUUGUUUUUAUGAGGAAAUUGCUAAAAGCUAAACUAAUGGAACAAAGUUCUUUUUUUAAUCAUCGUUGGUGUGACGAAAGACAGCUCUAAGGGAGAGAGAGGAAAGGAUAACCAGAGGGACUAAGUCUCGACCUUUUGGAAAAAUAGUGCAAGGAUCUUAACGGGUUUUGUCAUCAGAGGGGAGACGAUUCCACGAAGCUACAUCCAGCAGGUUUUCUAAUGCCCAAAGCCAACGUUAAACGUCAGGACUUGACCCUUUGCUGAAGUGGCUGCCCGCAGCGAGGGAGACCAAAGCAAGUGCCGCCCACUUCUCCUAACUCGCACGAGAUUAAGGCCGUAAUUAGCCAAGUGGCGAGGCUUCAGAAAGACCACGUCAGCCAUCGGAUGGCCCGCGGAGUUUCAGUACAGUUAAAGCCGUCUUGCUCAUAUAGGGUAUUUGUUGUCUUUCUUGGCAAGUCCGGGAUUAUUCACUAACAAGACUUUUAGCAGCUGUUCAGUUUCUGGCUAGAGCUUUGGAAUUCAGCCAUUGUCUGAGAUGGAUUAGGAAACACCUCCUGGAAUAUCAGUUUUGUCUCUGUUAAAGUCACUCAACUCUCUCUGACACACACGCACACAUACACACACAGAAAGAGAGAUAUCGAUAAUAGCUUUAUGCUGGGAUAGUAUAGUUCCCCAGUUGUGAUCGGACAGUCAUCCCCUCUUCCAAAACCUGGGGUGGUUUCCCCUUUGUCUUUCUCCCUGAGAGUUCUUCUGGUUUGAUCAUGGGAAGUGUGAAGAAUCCCCUCACGCUAUGAAAUUAUCUUUCUGUGAGAUUUGCACAGUUUGGCCAAAGUCGGUGGAACAGGAUUUGAUAAGUAGGCUUCUUCAGAGAGCUGUAGCGGUGGAACAGCAUUCCGAGACCAAUGGGGUCCUGUGAGGGACAGGCUACGCCCUGGGGCUGCUAGGGGAGGAAAGGUUACCGACUGCUCUCUGUAGGUCCCUGGCCUUGAGAAUCCCGCUAGAGCCCGAAUUGCCAGGAACCUCGGCCCUUGAGCCUUUCAAGGCUCCCCCUAGAAGUUUCACCCGUCCGAUAACCCGCAGGCUUCGGCCGGGAAUGUCCCACAGGCCUAGGACGUGAAAGGAAGCAGUGAGGGCCGGGGGAGGGAAAUGCUGAGCCCGGGGAUCGGGAAGAGUAUCAUAGGAUCCUCAGCUGUUCCACAGAGAUGGACCAAAAACUGAGGGCAGACGUUUUAAAAGGUUUCUUAAACUCUGUUGCUAGAUAUAACAGCCUUUGAGACUACCUCCUCCAUGCUGGCAAGAGGGGGCGGUGAGGGAGCCGGCCCUUGAGAUCCAGUAGCCAGUUUAAGAACUUUGGGAGCAGUGUGCCUCUCUCGUAUGUCCUUGCCAUGUAGUGUCACCUGAGAGCAACCAAAACCUGGGUGGUGGGCGGGUGGGUUGACAGGCGGGCGGGCGGGCGGCUUUCCUUCCCACCGGUGCAGUCGGAGCCAGAUCGCGAUGCCGCGAAUGCAGCUUGUUAGCAGGUGGCCCUAGCCCACCAGGCUGUUCUCCCCCCUUCCCCAUUGUACUUCGCUUCUGUGUCAGGGUGCCGGACUGUACGCUCAAGUUCCUCGGCAAAGCGUCAUGGGUUUUUUUGUCCACGGUCGGAGCCCGCGGUUGAAUUCUCCCCCGAAAUAAGCGGCCUUUUCAGGGGAAACGGUUGAAGCUCCGGUUAGCUCCUCCCACGCAGGCCAACGUUAGCGAGUUGAAACUUCAAGAACUCCGACCAUGCGAAAUGGUUCGGUUCUUGUGGCACCUUCCCAAAGAAUAAAAAGGGGCAGGGAAAAGGAUAGAAGCUCCGUGUGUUCCUCCACCUGGUAACCUCUUGGAGAGGAGGGAGUCCAUUUUUGAAACCAUCUGGAAGCGCGAUCCCAUUCGUCGCCCUCCCCCGAGGUCAAAAACCUGGCCCUUCCCUGCCCGCGGGAUCUGCUCCUUAGGAACGGGUCUCGAGCGCUUGCCCCGACGAACUGCCACUAGCCUACGCUAUAGACUCAGGGAUGUAGGAAAACCACCACUCGGCUCGGGUUCUAAACGGGAGAGAAACGAGAGGCUGUUUACGGAUGUUUGGGUGGCGAGUGAACGGUGCCCUUCUGAUUUCUGCGAAGGAGAAGCGAUCUGUUGGUUCUUGUCGCGAGAUGGCGUGGUCUGAACGCUUGUGACGGCGCCCGGGGCCGGGGGGUGUCCAGGAGCUCUUGGGGAAGAGUCCUCCUGGGAGAACCCACCGCGACGUCUCCGUCUGCGGCGUCCCGAGUUCUUGUGCUGCGCAGCACGACGGUCUCCCAGAAACACAGUAUCAUUUUUUUUUUAAUGGUUUGUUUUUGUUCCUCAACCACUUUAUAAUGUAUUUUUUUAAUUUAUUUUGUAAUGUCUCAUUUUUAAGUAUUGCUGCUAUCCUUGUUAUUCUUCCCACUGUUUUUAUUGCUGAUUUUAUUUUGUGAAAGUUGUACACUAAUGUUUCAUUUUAUGUCUAAAUCAAAGUAUUUAAAAAAAAAAUACUAGUUCUAUUUAAUGUGGUUAUGGAACCAGCGGGGGCGGGGGGAAACAACCAGUGAUUGUAUAGUAGGCUGGACCCAGGAGGUCGUGUUCAUUUUUGUUACAUAUGCAAUAAACUCACAACUUUACAUUUUGGGUAUAUA